CCCAUUCAAUUACACAAGCUAGCUUGGUAUACAGAAGCGUCUCUUUUUAAAGAAGAGGAUGUCUUUUCCUUUGAAAGCCAUUGCCCUGUACAGCUUUCAAUCAUCAGCUCCGGUCGAGCUACAGCUACAGAAAGGUGACAUUGUCACGGUUCGUAAUCUCAAUGUCGGUGAUGGCUGGUCGGAAGGUGAGCUGGACGGCAAGAGAGGAUUGUUUCCAAAAGCUUACGUCAAAUUACUGGAGGAAGAACACACCGAUGAUCAACCUGGUUCUCCUAUUCACAAAGCUCCUUCUCCUUCCAUCCCAAGUCAUGUCGCUUCUUCUAUUCAGACUCCUUCUUCCCCUCUACUGACACCUCUCACUCCGAAAUCUAGUAAGAAGAUCUUUAUGGAGACGCUCUUGAUGCCAACUCCAAAUACAAUUGAUUCUAUCUUUGACGAGGAGAAAGCUCUCGAGCUUUUUGCGUCUGACCACAAAGAUAUCAAAAUAUCAGCAGGGCCAAGAUGGAAUACUAAGCCGCCAUCUUUAACUAUAACUGUUUCUGAUGAUGUAGUCCAGGGAAGGUCUAGUGGUGUACGUACGCCAAAAUUGUAUCAUGUUCGGACAAAAGAAUUAAAAGUGACUGUACAAAGAAAGUAUAAGCACUUUUUAUGGCUAUACGACCAGCUGGCUGAAAAAAUACCCUGUGUAUCUUUACCACCAUUGCCAAUAAAACAUGGAAUGCCACCAGAUAUUGAUGAUGAUUUCAAGGAGAGCAGGCGGCGGGGCUUAGAAAGAUUCCUGAACAGGGUAGCCAAGCAUCCUAUUCUUGGUUCUACAAAGAUCCUUCAAGUGUUUUUAAUGGCGACAGAUGAAAAGGAGUGGAGGAUUGGAGGUACUGGUAAACACACUAGUUUCAUCAAAACGUCAGGUGGAAAAAACAAAAAGAACUUCUUCUCCGCUCCAAUUUAUCACUCAGUCCAUUAUCCUCCGUACAAUGUUCCCAUCAGCCAGCUCCAGGCAUUUGACAAGUUUUCAAAAUUUAGUGAAAAUCUCGAGGGAAAUGUGAGCGCUUUGACGCGUAGCUGUGAGCUGCUACGGACUUCUCACGGACAAAUGUGCAGACAUUUGCGGAGUUUAGGCAAGGACUUGCAGCUGAUGUCAAAAGGCUGUGAAAACACAGCUACCACUAGCAUAUCUGGACGACACAUUCGUAAGGCAUCUCAAGGUAUAUCACUACCCAGUAACCAGUUACCAGUGGGAGCCACGAUAUCGCUAACAGCUGCAGCUUCUUUUGAUAUUGUAUCUGAGGAUGAGGAAGACACUGAUGAUGUCACUGAUUCUGUCGGUGACUGGAAUUGGAGGGAAGAUGAAAAGUUUUCCAAGUUGAUGAUGGAGUUGCAUGACAUUGGCUCUAAAAUGAGGAGAUUGGCUAGCCUACACUUGAAGCACCAGGAAAGACUUGACGUUGAAGUGAUUGAAGAUUUAGAAGAGUAUUCCUCCAUCAUCCAUACACUCCCAGUACUUAUUAAGAUGCAUGAGGAAGCAAUGGCAUCUUUUAAUGAAUGCAAACAGAAGGCAUCGAAGAAGGAUGCUGAAUCCAUGAGACAAGAUUGUGAGACGCUAAACAACAUAUUGCUCUCUGAGCUGGACUACUUUAGCACUGUAAUGGUCGAAGACUUUCAAUCAGUGUUAUUGAAGCUGCUGAAAGAACAAGCGGAAUACCAUAAAAACCUUGCAUCUGAGUGGGAGAGCCUUCAUGAUAGUUUUUAUGAAAAGCGCCCAGUGAGAAAAGCCACAGUAAAGAGAAGUGUCACAAUGCCUGGAACCAAACCAGAAAAUCAUAAUCUUUCCAGCAUUGAGCAAGAUCAGUCAUUAAGACCAUCCAGUAUUGACAGGAAGAACCUUAGUAAUGGAGUACGACCUGAAGACUCUGUUCAUAAUGAGAGUAGCAGAGAUACCAAUCCUACUUAUGAAAACUGGCCAGUCAGUGGAGUUGCUGCUGCUGCUAAUAAGCCAACACACAAGCCAUUGCCUCCUCCUCCUCCUAUAGCUCAAAGACAUAAGAUCAGUUCUAGUCCUGAGGACUCCAUUACUUAUGGACAUCAGACAGACUCUUUCAUCCUCCCAAACUUGCAUCAGUCACAGUUCAUACCACCAGGACCAGCUGUAGGUAAAGUAUCACCAGCCCAUCCUCCUAUACACAAGCCAAUGCUGCCACCAGAUAAACCAGCAGCAGGUAAAAAGGAAAAGACAUCAUCUACUGAUACUAGCAGUAGCGAGGAAAAUAAGGAAUAUAAUAGUCGUCAAGUAGACUUUCCUGUUGCAGAACCUAGUGAUCAGAAAUCAAUCGAAUCCUCGACUGAAGAUGCCAAAUCACCUGCUACAGCAUCAAGCACCUACUCACCUAGAAUGCACACGAAACUAGCAAAGAUGACUAAAAUACCUCUGACAAAGCAGCAACAGUCAUCACCUGAAAGAAAACCAGGACCAAGUAGAUCAUUCUCUCAAAGAACAACUUCUCCUACUUACCACCACCACCAAUCUUCGACAAAGACGCUACCACCCAAACAACAAAGUGUCCAAGGGGAUGAAAGUGGAACCGAGUUAUUAAGAAAACUCCAAGAGAGACGUCAAAAGCUGGAGAGACAGCUAAGCAGCAGCGACGUGAAUGAUGAUAAUAGAGAUUCGUCUACUUCUUCAAGUGGGGAAGGUGUGCUAAGAUGGACUGGCAGCAAAGAAAUGGAAUCAACCAAUUUGUCUAAAUUUGGUAUUGUUGAAGAAGGAGGGACGUUUGUAGUAUAGUCUAGUUAGCUAUUAUACUUAUUAUAUUUUUUGAAAUCAUCUCUUUAUUAAAUAUUAUCAUGCUGUUUUCAAUGUUUUGUGUGUUGAGCUAAUACAAUUCUUGUGUAUG